AUGACCAGUGAGGAGACCGAGUACUACGCCCGGGGUUUCCUCAUGUUUCUAUUUGGAACUACUCUGUUUGUCGACCGGGCAAACACCGUCGAGCUCUACCUCCUGAGUGCAUUGGUGGACCUGUCUCGUAUCCGACUCUUUGACUGGGGCGGCGCAGGCUUGGCCACAUUAUAUGGGUACAUGAGCUCCUCCUCUCGUUGGAGCGGGCAUCUGCUAGGAGGCUACUGGAGGGUCUGGAAGCUAUGGGUAUAUGCCUAUUUUUCAAGGCUUUCCCCAGAUCCAGAGGUAGAGAUACCACCCAUGGUGCCAUAUUCACACAGAUAUGACGGGAGAUGUCAGCGGAGGCCACAAGAGUCAUUCUCAUUCUUUCGCCGAUUCUUCGACACCGUGACCGCGACAAAGGUCACCUGGCAGCCAUGGGGAGUGAUGCCUGAUGGAGUCAGAGAUCAGUUUGUGGGCGCUCAGGAGGCCUCUCGUUUCUGA